AGGACAAGAAGUUCAGAACAGGUAUUGUAGUACAAACCUUUGACUCGCGUGUUGUAGACAUCAUAGUCUCAAUAAGCAUAUGUAACAAAGCCUCCUCUAAAGACAUAUUUCCUUAAUAUUAUUUUUUUUGGCACAAUAGCAUUUCUGUUUAUUUUCAUUUUUUAAGCAUGUUUUUGUUUAUUAUGAUUUAGGUUUUCAAAAAAUUCUCGCUAAUUUUUAAGUUUUGGUCAACAAUGAUAACCUUACACCACAGUGGUAUCAGUUUUUGGAUCUUGUUCCUGGCAAAUUAGCAUAGUUCUCAAAAUGUCAAACACUAAUUUUACUACACACCUGUGCCACAGCACUAUUUGGAUCAUUCGUGCUGUUGGCAAAGUGACAUAUUUAAUCACAUUAAUAAAAGUUUAAAAACAAUAGGCGUAGUAGUGUUUCUCAGUGAUUAUGCAAGGAACAAAAAGGGUCCCUUUAGCCUUUUGCUAGGUGGUUGCUAGACAACACGAUGACAUCAUAGUAUCUGAUAUAGAUAAAAACCUUCAGGGGCCUAAAAUGUAUCUAUAUCAAGUUUGAUGGCUUAACUCCUAAUGGUCUAGGAGGAGUUUGUGGACAAACAAGCAAACAGACAGUAGUUUGCGUAUUAUAGUCACAUUUCUUACAUUUACGAACAAUUAAAUAAUUAUCAACAACGUGAGCUGUCACUAGUUAAGCCUUUAAAUUAAAUAAAGUUUAUAGCGCUCUCAACAGUCUCUUACUGUUAGAUAUUUAGAGUAAUUUUAAAUUACAUCUCCCUGGACUUUCCCUUCUUCCCUCGUCUCUGUUGUCCCCCUGUGUUCUCGCCUGCUGUUUGUUCUCCUCAUCAUUGUGCACUUCAGUCCUCUUCAGUCUUCUUUGACAGGCAUUGAAAUGGAGCAGGGAAUUGGCCGGUGUGUAUGAGACCGUGUGUGAGACCAAAAAAAGAGGCGACUGUUGGCUGCAAGCACUGCUUGGCUUUGUUUUUCUCCGCCUGUGCUGAUGUCAUUAGAUAGGAUAAAGACUUUUUUGUGUUCCCAGAGGAGCAGCAGUGAGCAGAAAAUGUGACCACCUAGAAUAGAUCAAAUGCUUAGUGUGUGUGUGUGUGUGUGUGUGGGGGAACAUGAGUGUUUGAGUAAUUUGAAUAUAAAAUUCCAUGCUUUGUCCUCUUUUGUGCAUCCAUCCUCACUAUCUGACUCAACAUUUCCCUGUAAUCCUUCUUUUGUUUUCACAGUCUCAUCCUCUGUCUGUAGUUGCUCAUUAUUUCUUUUCCCCUUGCUUGUGGUGUUGCUGGUGUUGUGUGUGUGUGUGUGUUUGUGGCUGUGGGUCUUAAUUUGUGAGACUGUAUGUACAGUGAUCUUAGCCCAGGCCCCGUGUGUCAGGCCUGCCUGGAGAAAAAUUAUGGAGGUCCCUUCAGCGGAUCAGCAAAGGCUGGACGAGGUCACGGCAAAGUUGUGACCUUUGGGGGCGUGACUGAGAUCGAGCAGCCAAUAGACACAGUCAUGUCGAGUGAAGGCGAGGAGACGGAUUUACUUAGACGACUCCUUUCCAAGGCAACCGUAGCCAUGCCUACCAUUGGCCUGGGCUCCCAGCUUUCAGAGCGGGAACGCAGCCAGGUAGUUGGAGCUGACCCCAAUCAAGCUACCUCUCCCUCUGCUGACCUUCCACCCUGGACCAUCAAGGCUGCUCCGACUCCCGCUGAGAUUGAUGCCCGCCUGGCUCAAUAUGAGGAGAGAACAGAGGAAGAAGAGGAUGAGGAGGAAAAAGAGGGGAGAGUCCCAGAUCUUCAGAAAGACGACAUGAUGGCAAGGAGGACGGGAGUUUUCCAUAAACAAAGCACCGCUACAGUGACUUACAACCGCUUCCUGCCUCUGCCUGCCUCCAAACGCUGCACACAGGGGGAGGUAACCACAGACGCUGCUCCGCAGAACAAGAAGAAAGUGCAGGCAGACAGGAGCAAGAAACUGGACGUCAGAGUGGAGCACCAGCAGCCCAUGGAAGCACCUCAACAGCAGGUCGAGACAACAGUGAUCCGAUCAGCGUCUCAGGGUGAGCGGGAAAACGGUGAUAAUGAGGAUGAGUGUGGCGAAAAUGUGCCUGUGCCUGACCCGGAGAAAGAUGAUAUGAUGGCUCGAAGGACGGGAUCGUUUCAAAAAGCAAGCACAGCUAAAACAAAUCAGUUCCUGCCUGUACCUGGAUCAGUGAAGUAUAACAUCAGUCCAGUGUCUGCUAUGAAGCAGCUCCACAGCAGACCUAAGCUGACAGAAAAGGAGGGUGAAAGCAGCAUUGUUGCUGUGGCAGCAGAGCCACAGGCCCUGCCCUCCAAAGCUCCAACCAGUCCCACGUUUGCAGUGCUGAGAGAGAGGUGUGAGGAAAAGGAGGAAAAGCAAGAAAGCGGAGGUGCGAUGGUCCCUGUUACCUCUGCCACAGUUACUGCUGAGCCCCUCUUUUCUCCUUCACUCACGCCUGCACCCAGUCCUGCUCCUGCACAGGUCUGUAGUGUGAAGUCAGGGCUGGAAAAGCAGAAAGUGGAGGAGAGAGUUGAGGAAACAGCUGAGGUGGAGGAGAGAAAGAAGGAUGUGAAUGUGAAGCCUCGAAAGAAACCCUUCUGGCUGGAGGACAACGAGCUUCCUCCAAUGAUGAUGAGCCGACGUGUUGCUUUUAUGUCUGAGGACACCGAGAGUGUGAGUAUGGGUGACAUGCUUAACGACGAGGAGGUGGGACACUUACCGUCGCUGAGCCAAUCGCGACAUGAACACAUGCACGAGCAGUACAACAACUUUCUGGAGGAUGAGGACCACUGGCAAGUUGACCUGGCUCGCUGGAAGAAUCGCCGCCGCAGCGCGUCACAGGAUCUAAUCAGAAAGGAGGAGGAGAGGAAGAGAAUAGAAAAGAGGAUGAAGGGGGAGGGACGUGACGGCAAUAAGAGGAAGAGCAUUAAGACUUAUAAAGAGAUAGUGGAGGAGAAGGAGCGCAGAGAGGCAGAGCUGUGUGAAGCCUACAGAAACGCAGCGACUCCAGAAGUGGCAGCCUUGGUUUUGCAGCGCUACGCUCUCCGCUUCACCAUCAGUGAUGCAGUACUGGACAGCCUAAAACUACCCAGAUCCACCUCAACACCCAAAACCGAACUAAAUGAGCUGGACAAAGAGCAGAAGCCAGAAUCACCUGUUAAUAACUCUGAGAUGUCAGAGCCUCUGCGUCAACCAGAAUCACCUGUUAAUAACGCUGAGAUGUCAGAGCCUCUGCGCCAACCAGAAUCACCUGUUAAUAACGCUGAGAUGUCAGAGCCUCUGCGUCAACCAGAAUCACCUGUUAAUAAUGCUGAGAUGUCAGAGCCUCUGCGCCAACCAGAAUCACAUGUAGUUACAAAUCAGGAGCACAUGAAACCUGAAGAGAUAGAGACAAACACAGCAGAUCAGCAAGAGAAAUCAGCCACCAGCCCUCUAACACCAAACAGUCCAACCAGUCCUCUGUCCACAGUCACAGACUCACAGAGUGUGUCACCUCAGUCUCUGGAGUUUAAUGAACCCCAGACCCAACUGAUGGAGUCUCCGACUGCGCAACAGGCUGCCAUCACAGGAGAUCCACAGCCUCAUGCACAGUCUCCGACUGCGCAACAGGCUGCCAUCACAGAAGAUCCACAGCCUCAGACAAAACACACUUCACCUCAGAGUGUGCAAGGGCAGCCUCACCCCACACAGCCGGCAAACGCUCUCCCCUCCCCACCAUCUGUGUCCUCCAGGCCCAUCCCCCUGCUAGCAGCCAAACCCUACUGCCAGCCUGGGGCCGCUCUCCCUGGGCACAAACCUAUCAAGGAUGGGUUGGUACGAGUGAAUGGGGAGGCGACGGAGGAGCUAACUGUUUCCACUCCACCUACCUCCCCUCAGCACUCACCACAGGAGACCAAAGAUGUUUCCUCCGAAGAGGCGGAGAAAGAUGCUCCAUCUGUGGAGGCUGUUAAAAGUGCAGAGACUGCAGAGCAGCAGCCCUCGGAGACAGAGAAGUCAACGCCGUCUUCAGGCUCUGCCAUCAGCUCCCUGAUCGAAGGUCGAAACUGUAUCAUCACAACAACUAUUGUGACAGAGCUCACGCAGAAGGUUGUGGAGCCGCUUCAUACAGACACCCAAAACGACGAAGAGGUUGAGACCACUGGCUUGUUUGAGAAACCAGAGGAUGAAAAAAAUACUCAACCAUCUUCCACACCCAGCAGCAUGGAAGAAUAUUCUCCCACCGUCUCGGAAGGACUUGAGGAGAGCAGUGUGACCAUUGAGACCCCCAUGUUGAACUUGGCUAAACGUGUUAAUCACUGGGUCUGGGACCCCAAUGAGGAGCGUAAGCGCUUGGAAAGGUGGCAACAGGAGCAGGAGCGCCUCCUAAAGGAGCAAUACCAGCGAGAACAAGAGAAGCUGAUGAAGGAAUGGGAGAAAGCACAGCUCGAGGUGGAAGAGGAGGAGAGGAAGCACAAUGAAGAGGAAAGACGCAUUCUAGAGGAGACCGUCACACCCCUCAAUCCUACCGGCCUGUUAAACCAGGUGUCAGGACAGACAGCGGCAACCUCACCUGGUCCAGAAAACGACAACACAACGGGAAAAAAUGUUCCUCUGCAGCACAAUGGCCAAAAAACCUCUACAGGGAAUGAAGAUCAGCAUGCAUCAAAGCUGCAUUUCUUCCAGGAUUCUGGGGCUGAUGUUGAACCUUCCAAGAAACAGGAAUUGUGGAAAACAGCUUCUCUCGACCGCAAUACUCAGCUGAACCAGGGACAGGUUGUUAAAAGAUCUGGAUCUCAUGAUGUUGUUACAAGUCAACAACAGUCCUCCUCUCCAAAGCCUCAGCCUCCCUCACCCAGCAGGUGUGUUAGUGGAAAGAGACUGUGCACUGGUUGUUCUCAGCCUCUGGGAAAAGGCGCUGCUAUGAUCAUAGAUACGCUGGGACUGUUUUUCCACAUACACUGUUUCAAGUGUGGACUGUGUGGUGUACAGCUUGGUGACGCCUCUGCAGGGACUGACGUACGGAUUCGUAAGGGAAUGCUGAGCUGCCACGAGUGCUACAUUGCAUCUCGGGGCCGAGGUCAGCCCACCACACUAUGAUGACCACUGUUUUGGAGCUGGACCCUCAGUGAUUGGGUGGAGAACUAUUCUAAAACCCUGAAUCACACUGAAACAGUCUUGACGCUACAAGUCAUCAUCUUUUUUCCUCCUUGAAUGCACAACAGCUCACGUGGAUGUUCACAAUGAGGAGUCUGAAUCCACGUGGGUCAAAAGUCUCAACUACAUGGACUUGCAGGACUAUCGCUAUACUUCUUAACCGUACAUGUGUAUACACUUGUUUUUAGUAUGUGUAGCAUGGAUGUAAUCAAAAAAACAGUUUGCUUAGGCAUUUGCACAUCCAUACAAGACACUCAAUAGGAAUCUUACGCCAAGAGCGGAACACUCCUGUCUGUAACACAUCGGCCUCCCAAAUCUUGACUCAUUAACUCCUGCUUCUGCACUGAUCAUGUGACUCCACUCUCUUGAGUGUGAUGCAAAAGGGGUUCAGGUUGGAUAACCUGAAGUAGCUUGACCAUUAUAAUGCCUUACUCAUACCUUCUCCUUUAUGUUUGGGUUUUGUGUUUACAGUUUUGCAUGGAUAAAAGUAACAUAUAUAUACAAGUUUUUGUGAGUAUUGCUCAGACCGAUAGUGAGUUGUUAUUUUCUUACCUAUCCUUGUGUUUGUCGUACAUCAUUCUGAUGAUUUUGUUUUUGCUUUUUCUCUAUAAGUCAUUUUACAGGAAUGAGAAUGCAUGUUGUUAAGUAAUAAUACUUGUUCUUUGAAUUUUAAAUAUUUUCCCUUUAGGAUGUUUUAGCCAUUGUUUCUUCUCACAGACUGCACCUGAAUCAGUGCCUUAUGUAAUGAAUGCGAAGGCGAGUGGAGUGUGCAGGAGUAUUUCACACUCACACAGACCUAAGGGUCUUGGCACAUAGUGUGUGUGUGUGUGUGUGUGUGUGUGUGUGUGUGUGUGUGUGUGUGUGUAUGGAUAUGAAUGCAGUGUGUGAUUUGACUUAAAGCACAGUUCCAUACCAGCAAAAAAGAAAUGUUAAAUGGAUCAGCCUCUCCUAAUCACCUGCUGUCCUCUUCCAUCGCCUCCAGUGAACUAAACCAAUGACAUAAUGUUACUUGCUGCUUCCCUGUUUUAAUAUCUUCUUAAGGUAAUCCACAGUGUCCUAAAAUCUCUCCUCGUUUGCCUCUGUAUCACAAGCGUUGCCUCCCCAGAGAAUAAUCUGAACUGUUCUAUCCUCUCUUGUCUCGCCUCAAUCUGGAAACCUGACAGCUUCUUCAUCUCUCAGAGGAAUAGAGCACAGUUCAUUGUCUUUUAUAGUAACUGUAUGUUUAUCAAUAAAAUGUUUUAAAUGGGA